AUGCGUCAGAUCCAUGGAGUAAAUGGACCAACUCACAUCAAACAGGCCUGUGCCCAUUGUCGGAAGACGAAAUGCCUACGUCGAGGGAUCCAAUGUUCUCUGGGUAGACAGGUUGAAGCUCCCAGUCCCCCGACAGGCGGAUCGGAUAUUCCACCGUGGAGUGCAGGCUGCUCUAACCCGAGACGUCGCUUUCUCGAUCUGUACUUUGAAAAGUUCCACCCCUACUGGCUCCUAGUCCAUCGGGGCUCGUUCAACGAGGACAUUGACCCGCCCUUACUUGUCCAGGCUAUGGUUGUCAUUGGGAUGUGGAUGAGCGACGAACCUAAUGCACGGUCAGCAGCGAUUGACCUCCACAACACCCUGGCCUCGGCCAUCAGUCAGCAGAGAGAAGAAUGGGAUGUCUCCGCCACAGAGGAUGUAGGUGGUGCUCCCUGGCCGAUCGCGACGUACCAAGGCAUAUUGCUGCAUAUAAUCUUCGCUCUCGUGCACGCAGGCACGGGGAACCUCGGCAUCGACUUGAAGCAUGCUUUCUCCCGUACCCACACCGACCUUCUUAACUCGCUUAUUGGGAGCUGCAAAAGACUGGGCAUGCUAUAUUAUCCACAUAUACUUACCCGGUAUUCCCAACGCGAUUCCGGUCCAUAUAUCUGGCUGGGAAUUGAAGAAAUCAAGCGGUUCAACUUGGCCCUAUACAGAGUCUACCGGGCAGCCAGCGUGGUUGGAAAGCGAGCCAACAACAACACAGACAUCCAUGCAAGACUGACCGCAAGGGACUUACAGUUUCCGUUCCCGACACAUACACGCUUAUGGAAAACAGUGAGCAUGGCGGAAUGGGGCUCUGCUGCAGCGAGAGGGGUGUUCGAUCAAUUGUUGGAUGAUACCAUGGAGGAGAUGUGGAUCUCGAAAGUCCACGGGGCGCUUGGUGUCGAUUGGGAAUUGGAUUAUACUCCUCAGGACUAG